AUGGUGCCAACACCAUUUGCAAAUACAACUAUGAAAUGCUUCUCAAAAUGUGACACAAACAAGACAUUCUUGCAUAAAAAACCCAUAGAGAAAUUUCAUCAUAUCCCAAUUUCCAAGAAAUCUUUACUGAUGCAGUCAGAUUUUGUGAUUGGCAUUUGAUGUUUUCAAGCUGUC